GAGGCUGAAUUUCCAGCCCGUGAGGGUCCCUGAGGCACUUUCUCUUGCCUCUGGAGGGCAUUUGCCUUCCCAGGAGUGAAUGGCUCAUGGAGCAAGUCUCUGGGUCCGUGUCCCCUGCAAGGGCAGUUCGCCACCUUCAUGGCCGGGCUGAGCUGGAGAGACACGGAGGCCAAGCCAAAGCAAGGGAGAGCUGCCUGCAAGUCAGGGUUUGCAGAUGGCGAGCCCGCAGCUCCCCCGGAGAGGGGUGGAAGGAGGCUGGCCCUUUCCAGGAGCCGAUAGACGUUCCAGCAGUGCCCAGGAGUGUAAGGAUGUGACCCUAGCCCUUCCAAGAAAGCACGUGGUGGGUGCUUUGUGCCUGUUUACUCCCCAGCUUGGCCCAAACCCCGGCGCAGAGAGAAAGUGAAAGAGAAAAGGACGGCCCUGGCGGAUGAGGUGGGGGGACUGGGCGACCAACCCGCCCCAGUCUCGCAGCAGCCCCACAGCUGGCGGGAACGAGAGGCCACCGGCAGCACGCGAGAGUCGGGGAGCAGCGAUAGGUGACCAGGGCUGUCCCCCUGCACCCCGAACGUCGGCCCGGCAAUCGAGGCUCAGAGGCAGCGGACAGUGUGCCGCCAUGGAGUUGGGGUCUCUAGAAGGCGGGUACCUGGAGCUUCUCAACAGCAGUGCCGAUCCCUUGCAGCUCUACCACCUCUAUGACCAGACGGACCUGGCUAGAGAAGAGAUUGAGCUCUGCUCAGAACCCGACAUGGACACCAUCAACUGCGAACAGUUCAGCAAACUGUUGUGUGACAUGGAAGGUGAUGAAGAGACCAGGGAGGCUUAUGCCAAUAUCGCGGAACUGGACCAGUACGUGUUUCAGGACUCCCAACUGGACGGUCUGGGCAAAGACAUUUUCAUCGAGCACAUAGGAUUGGAAGAAAUGAUCAGUGAGAGUGUCGAGGUGCUGGAGGAAGCAGGGCAGAAAAGUCAGAAAAGACCCUUCCCAGAGGAGCUGUCCGUGGACUUGAAGCACAGGAAGCUGGCUGAGCCCCUCGCUAUGCCCAUGGUGACUGGCACGUUCCUGGUCGGGUCAGUGAGUGACUCCGCAGCUCUGCCCUGCUUGUCACCACCUGCUGUGUUCAACAAGGAGCCAGCAUCCGGCCAGAGCUGGCUGGAGGAGACCGUCCUGAUGCCUGUGCACCCUUCCAGUUCCUUGCUGAGCCACCUGAGUCUUCCUGCUGGAUGUAUCCAGAUCAUCCCUGGCCUCCCCUCUCUGCCCCAGGGGCUCUGGCAAAUCUCAGGGCCUGGGACGGGGGUGUCUGGUAUGGUCAUCUAUCAAGGCGAGAUGCCCCCGGCCAGCCAAGUGCUUCCUUCUAGUGGCCCAGCUGUGCAGAGCCUCCCCAAGUCCCCAGAUCGGCCCGGCUCCACCAGCCCCUUUGCCCCGUCUGCAGCUGACCUUCCUGGAAUGCCAGAACCAGCUUUGACCUCCCGUGCAAAUAGGACAGAGGACCAGAUGUCCCCUACCCAAAGCCAGGCAGCUCACGAGAUCUCCAGCAAGCCUCCAAAAUGGCCUGAGAGCGUGGAGCGGUUGUGCAGCUCCCUACGGGACGAGUACCUGGCUGAGUUCGCAGGCCCGGAAGACAUCCUGGUGGAGGUGGAGCUGGUGAAGGCGCGGCUGGAGAGAAGCAGUGGCAAAAGCCAGGAGAGGGAGCUGGCCACCCCGGACUGGGCAGAGAGGCAGUUGGCCCGCGGGGGUCUGGCCAAGGUGCUGGGGGCUGCCGGGGACCGGCGGCGGCCACGGGAGACACAGGUGAUCGCCGUGCUGGGCAAAGCAGGACAGGGGAAGAGCCGUUGGGCCCGGGAAGUGAGCCGGGCCUGGGCCUGCGGCCAGUUGCCCCAGUACGACUUCGUCUUCUACCUCCCCUGCCACUGUUUGGACCGUGCCAAAGGGGACACUUACCGCCUGCAGGAUCUGCUCUUCUGCCUGGGCCCCCAGCCACGGCCCAUGGACGAGGAGGUCUUCGACCACAUCUUGAGGCGGCCCGACCGGGUUCUGCUCAUCCUGGACGCCUUCGAGGGGCUCGAAGGCCAAGAUGGCCUCCUGCACAGCGCGGGCGGACCCAUGUCCACAGAACCCCACUCCCUCCGGGGGCUGCUGGCCAGACUCUUCCAGCGGAAGCUGCUUCGAGGCUGCACCCUGCUGCUCACCGCCCGGCCCUGGGGCCGCCUGGCCCAGAGCCUGAGCAAGGCCGACGUCCUGUUCGAGGUGGCUGGCUUCUCAGCCGAGCAGGCCGAAACCUACGUGACGCGCUACUUGGAGUGCACUGGGGCCACCGCGCACCGGGAGCGAGUCCUGGCCCUCCUCCGGGGCCAGCCGUUCCUGCUCAGCCUCAGCCACAGCCCCACCGUGUGCCGGGCCGUGUGCCGGCUCACUGAGACCCUCCUAGAGCUGGGUGACAAGGCUGAGCUGCCCUCCACGCUCACGGGACUCUACGUGGGCCUGCUGGGCCCCGCGGCCCGGGACAGCCCCCCGGAGGCCCUGGCAGGACUGGCCAAGCUGGCCUGGGAGCUGGGCCGCAAACACCAGGGCACCCUGCAGGGCAGCCAGUUCCCAUCGGCCACCGUGAGGGCCUGGGCCGUGGCCAAAGGCCUGGUGCAGCCCAUCCCGGGCGCCCCCGAUGUGGAGCUGGCCUUCUCCAGCUUCCUCCUGCAGUGCUUCCUGGGGGCCGUGUGGCUGGCCUUGAGCACUGAAAUCAAGGACAAGGAGCUGCCACAGUACUUGGCGUUGACCCCGAGGAAGAAGAGGCCCUAUGACAACUGGCUGGAGGGCGUGCCGCGCUUCCUGGCUGGCCUGCUUUUCCAGCCUCACGCCGACUGCCUCGGAGCCCUGGCAGGGCCAGCCGCGGCCGCCGUCGGGGCCAGGAAGCAGAAGGUGCUCAGCAGGUACCUGAAGCGCCUGCAGCCAGGGACGCUCCAGGCCGGGCGGCUGCUGGAGCUGCUGCACUGUGCGCACGAGGCCGCGGACGCCGCCAUCUGGCAGCACGUGGUGCAGGGGCUCCCAGCCCGCCUCUCCUUCCUGGGCACCCGGCUCACACCCCCCAACACCUACGUGCUGUGCAGCGCCUUGGCGGCGGCUGGCCAAGACUUCUCCCUGGACCUCCGCAGCACUGGCAUUGACCCCGCUGGGCUGGGGAGACUCGUGGGACUCAGCUGCGUCACCCAUUUCAGGGCUUCGCUGAGUGACAUGGCGGGGCUGUGGGAGUCUCUACAGCAGCGUGGGGAGACCAAGCUGCUCCGGGCAGUGGAGGAGAAGUUCACCAUCGAGCCUUUCAAGGCCAAGUCCCCAAAGGAUGUGGAAGACCUCGGCAACCUCGUGCAGAUCCAGAGGACAAGGAAUUCCUCGGAAGACACAGCUAGAGAGCUCCCUGCUGUCCGGGACCUAAAGAAGCUGGAGUUUGCGCUGGGCUCUGUCUUAGGCCCCCAGGCUUUUCCCAAACUGGUGAGGAUCCUUGAGGCCUUUUCCUCCCUUCAGCAUCUGGACCUGGACUCGCUGAGCGAGAACAAGAUCGGGGACGAGGGUGUCGAGCAGUUGUCAGCCACCUUCCCUCGGCUGAGGGCCCUGGAGACUCUCAACUUGUCCCAGAACAGCAUCACUGACGUGGGCGCCUGCAAGCUCGCCGAGGCCCUGCCCUCCCUGGCUGCGUCCCUCCUCAGGCUGAGCCUGUACAAUAACAGCAUCUGUGACGUGGGAGCUGAGAGCCUGGCACACGUGCUUCCAGACAUGGUGUCCCUCAGGGUGUUGGACGUCCAGUAUAACAAGUUCACCGCCGCUGGGGCCCAGCAGCUCGCUGCCAGCCUGAGAAAGUGCCCUCAUGUGGAGACACUGGCGAUGUGGACGCCCACCAUCCCGUUUGGCGUUCAUGAACACCUGCAGCAGCUAGACUCACGGAUCAGCCUGAGAUGAGCUCCAUGAUGCCUGGGACGAGCAUGUUCUCUGAGGACGCUGACCACGCUGGACCUUGAAGUGGUUAUCUGUGGACACAGUUGUUCUUGGGCCCACGAGCCAAGCAGCCUGGUGCCCAGCCCUGCCGGCUCAGGGUCGGCCCCCACCCAGCCACGGGAAGGACCUGCUCUGCGGACGGACCUGGGCCCGGCUCCAGGCCCCCUGCGGGGCCCAGGUCGAUGGCACCCCCGGCAGAUGGGGUGGGCGCCCGGUGGCUGCUGCAGUCCACCCAGGAGCACUGAGGCAGGCCCUGCGGGAUGCUCCCGAGAGUGGUGACCAGGCUGGAGCGAGGGAGCGGGGCGGCCCCAUCUCUGCCUCCCCAGGUCCCUGCUGGCCUGGGGAGAAAGCACUUCUCCAUGCUGCUCUCCUAAUAGGGCACGCGUGGCGCUCUGCAGACACCAGCAGCCUGCCCCGCCUGCUCCUUUCCCAAACUGUGACAGGCGGGGAUUUGGUGGCAACUGCUUUGUGUCUGCAGGAUUCACUGUUUUUGCACUAACCUGGUUGAGGCCAAAGCUCAGCCUGGCGCAGACACACUGGGCUUUAGCUGGAAAGAGCUGACAGGACACUAAUGGGGGGGGAAGGCCUCUCGGCCUUCAUCUCUUGUGUCGUCUUUCACUACAUUAUAAAGGGCUCGUUCAAUCUCACGGGCGUGUCCACCGUUUGAGUUUAUACCGUGAUUACCGUUUUUGGAGAGCCCACUGUUCGGUUAUCGAACGCAUCACAAACUCCCCCCGAGAUGCAGUGGCUUAAAACGACUUUAUUCUGCCCCCAGGCUGGUCAUGUGGGCUGGGCUCAGUGGGUCUCUGCCCCACUCCGCGUCAGCUGGGGCGGCGUGAAGGCUCGGGGACUCCAUGCUGGCUGGGGGCCUGGGGCCUUGGUUCCUGUAAGGAACCGACAACAGAGGGGGAGCCUCUCCACGUGCGCUAGUUUGGGCUUCCUCAUUGCAUGGCAGCUGGGUUGAAGGGCGGUCACCCCAACUGGAAGAGGGAGAUAGAGACAUAGACCACAGAGAGAGGUAGCCUUUUCAUGACCCCAGCCUUGCCAGUCACAUAGCACCUCAUGCUCCAUAUUCUUUGUCCCGUGGGACAGGGGGCGUGGCUCUCCUACCACCCCCCAUGCCCCCCGGCCCCCCGGCGGAAUCCACCGUGGCCCAAGUCCUGUCUCUUUGGAGAGGAUCUUCCUACGGCAUCCCAAGCUUUAGCGGCAAAUUCGUUAUUUGGGGCUCGGCAAUGUUGAUGCCCCGUAAGCCUUGCAGAGGGGAUAUUUCCCUCUGCCUCUGUCUGACUUGGCAUUCUAACCUGGGAGCUGUUUCUUAGUCGAGCUGGCAUCUUGCCUUGGCCAUGCCGAGCCUGGAAGGGACCUGGAAGCUUUGCUGUCUACACCGAGGGCUGCCAGCUCAGCUGGUGUUAUUUUUACUGGAGCACGGCCUGCUUGGUCAGAAGUCCCAAUUCGGGACAAACUGGCUUUCUCCCGGCGGCAGCUCUGUGGCACCAGCCCUGGUGCCCAGUUCCCAGACUCUCCUCCUCUUCCCAGAAAGUGGGAGUCAGGGGUUCAGGAGGGUCAGAGGGAUUUGGACCCAGCUGCCGAGUUGGCAGUCCCUGCGGAGAGGGAUGUUGUCUUCUGCCCUGGCCCCGCUGCGAAGGGCACUGGGCAUUCUGACCUGGGCUUGGGUUUUAAAUAGCAUGGGCAUCACUCUGCAGGGACUCCUGUGUGUGCAGCCACAGUGGUGAGCACCCCUCAGCCGGCUGGGGAGGGCACCAUCACACACACUGCUUUCAGUCUGUUCCGAGAUGACAGACUGUAAUAGAGGCCAUGAUUGUUCGUAGUUCUGACUUAUACGAUAGCUACCAUUUACUAAAUAAGGUGAUACCUGUAAAGUGCUCAUCACAGUGGAAGGAAUAUAGUAGGUGUUCAAUAAAUAUUAGCAACCACGACUUUGUGCCGGUACCACAUUAAGCCCUUCCUGCUCAAAGGGACCACAGCCUAGGGCCAGCAGCGGAUCCCAGAGCUAGACCACGUGGGCUCAGUGCCCAGCUCACCACUUGUGCAAAUUACUUCUCUGUGCCUCAGUCUCAUCGUACGUAAAAUGGGCAUAAUUACAGUACCUUCUUCAUUAUGCAGAGAUUCAAGGAGUUAAGACACUGACAGCAAGAGCCUGGCAUACAGCUCAAUACUUGCUAGCUGUCCUUGUUACGUAUGAAUCCGUGUUUUGUUCCUGCCUCUGCCUGGAAUGUUCUUAUCAGGCCCUUCGUAUUGGACAACUUCUGAUCCUGUAGGACUCAGUUUAAAGGACAGCUCCUCAGGAAGGUCUACCAGACCAUCCUAUUAAAUAGACACGCCUACCCCCACUCUCCAAAUUGGUCAUUGGUUUAUUGUUUUCAUGCUUAUUUGUUGUGGUUGUCUGCUCUUGUCCUAGGAUGUGAGCUCCAAGAGGGCAGCUCAUUUGUCUGCUUUGUUCAUUGUUGUGCCCUCUGUACCUUGCAAGGUGACUGAACACAGUAAGUGCUCAAUAAAUGUUUGUGGAAUGAAUGAUCCUCACCACAACUUUGCUUACGUGUUUUGUUCAUUCCACAAAUAUGUAGAAGACACAGUGGGCUACUCAAUAAAAUGCUCAAGGUUCCUGCUCUGGGAAGUCUUGUAUUUUAGUAAAUUAAAAAAACUCCCUGGGCAGGGCUGUCUGGUGUGGUUGGGUGGUCCGUGCACUGCACAAAGGGCCCUGAACAAGGGGGCAAAUGGGGGUUACAAACCAGUGUGGACUCUGCUUGCCAAGCUGUGAGUCCUGAUGCGGAACGGUGUCAGCCCAGCGGGGCACCUCUGUAAUUAUUAACACAAAGUCAUCUUAUGAGGUAUGUAAAUUACUGUCAUUUCACAGAUGUGACUUGCCUAAGGCCACACCCCUGUAAAGGAGGGAGUCAAGAAGCCAACUCGCCUUUUGGUUUCCAUGGAGGGGUGGGUCUCCAUUGGUACAGGCACAGCGUGCUGGGAUUGCUCUCUGAGAGCCAUUUGCUGUGGGGGGAGGAGCGAUGCCCUGAGGAAUAAACUAAAAAUAAACUAAAUAAAUCCUGUUUCCCCUCAGGCCUCUUCCCCAUCAGAAACCUCUCCCUUCGCCCGCUCACCUCUUUUCCUGGGCCUCUCUCAGAUGUGUUCUGUUUACAGCCCUUGAUGCCCUUUCUUAGCACAGGAAGACAAGGGGUGCUGGGGCUGUUUUUUUCUCUGGACUUCUGGGGGGGUUGACCCUCCCUCGCCUGUGUCCUCACCCACACAACAGAGCCAAACAUCGUGCCUUGUGUAACUCGGUGUAUGUGAGGGCGCUUUGAGAAGCAUCGGGCACUGUGCAGAAUGAGAAUCAUGGCUGUUUUCUGAUGAAACUGCAAGUCAACCCAACGUCACCCGUUCACCUGCUCUUUCCCUUCCUGAUUCCCUGCGCUGUGGGCACGCAGGGAAUACCGCGCCUCCCAUGUCUCCGGGAUCAGGGCCACUGGGCCUUGGCC